GUGAAAUAUGAGGCGUCUGAAUGUUAAUUUUCUAAAGUAUUUGAACUUAACCUUCUUUCUUGCACAUAGAUGCAAAGCUGAAGGUGGCGACAAAACUUUAGAUACAUUUUUUUCAGAAUUAGAGUCAUGCGAUAUUUAUGAUUCCCCAAAAAUAUUGGACACUGAAAGCAAAAAGUCGAGUGAUGCUGAUUUGAAUUUUCAUGAGAAACAUUCAUCCAGAAUCAGAUCCGAAGAGUCAAGAAAGCACCAACUUGAACAGGCUAUAGAGGAUGUUGAGGAGGAAAUAGAGGUUUUAAAACAUGAAAGUGAUAUCAUUGCAAACCGUAGCAAUUUAGAACACUAUGUGCCUGCUUUUCCAGCUAAAUCCUUCCUAACAUCAGCUGAGUUAACAGUUGAGGGGUCACCACAGAGGCUCAUUCCCUCAAAACCAGAAAAGCUUAGCGUGUUGCCUCGUCUUCGCAGCAGCGGUUCUGCUGCAGUUGUGAGCCUGGUUGGUGUAGUUUGCAAGAAACAAUCGGCUUCUUACACAGAGAAUAUGGAAAAGUCAUCCGGGAAGGAUAACUUGACCUUCGAUUUUCACGUCAGCUAUGAGAUUGACUUUUUUGGGAAAAUGGUUUCCAGUAGUGUUCUGGUGCGUUGUUUUGGUGUAACCUUUUGUACGUUUGCUGAUGAAAACCUAGCUGAUGGGGAUAUGGUUCACGUUUUAGGCCAGUUGGUGCCUAAUUCAAGCACAGAUCCUUCCUCUCUUAUGGUGUGUGUGUUUGCAGUUGGAGGAAAUAUUUCUAUAGUAGCUCGUCAUCAAACGUAAAUAUUUCAAAAGGUAUAGUUUGGGCCUAUUAAA